AUGACUUUUUCUCUUCAUUUUCUCUUUUCAAAGAAUUUCUUUCGCUUUUAUUUUGACUAUCCGUUUUAUUACUUUUUCCACUCCUUUCUUUUUCAUUGCUACUGUCUUCUCUCGUUCCAUUCUAUCGCCCCACCCUUCUCUCUCUCCCCAGCAUCUUUUACCGCUUGCAUUUUCUCCCUUCGUUCCCCCCUCUCUCUCUCUCUCUCUCUCUCUCUAUCUAUCUAUCUAUCUAUCUAUCUAUCUAUCUAUCUAUCUAUCUAUCUAUCUCAGUCUGUCCAUAUCUAUCUAUCUAUCUAUCUAUCUAUCUCAGUCUGUCCAUAUCUAUCUAUCUAUCUAUCUAUCUAUCUAUCUAUCUAUCUAUCUAUCUAUCUCAGUCUGUCCAUAUCUAUCUAUCUAUCUAUCUAUCUCAGUCUGUCCAUAUCUAUCUAUCUAUCUAUCUAUCUAUCUAUCUAUCUAUCUAUCUCAGUCUGUCCAUAUCUAUCUAUCUAUCUAUCUAUCUAUCUCAGUCUGUCCAUAUCUAUCUAUCUAUCUAUCUAUCUAUCUACCUAUUUAUCUCAGUCUGUCCAUAUCUAUCUAUCUAUCUAUCUAUCUAUCUAUCUAUCUAUCUAUCUAUCUACCUAUUUAUCUCAGUCUGUCCAUAUCUAUCUAUCUAUCUAUCUAUCUACCUAUCUAUCUAUCUAUCUAUCUAUCUAUCUAUCUAUCUCAAUUGGUUUGGUUUUUGUUUUACGGCAUAUCAACCUCAUUGGGUUAUUUAAUGCCGACAAAAUUUUUAUUACUGGUAAUAUUUUUUUAUCUAUCUAUCUAUCUAUCUAUCUAUCUAUCUAUCUAUCUAUCUAUCUAUCUCAUAUCUAUCGGUCUAUCUAUCAAUAUCUCAUUCUGUUUAUAUCUAUCUAUCUAUCUAUCUAUUUAUCUCAGCUUGUUUAUAUCUAUCUCAGUUCAAUGUCUGACCAACGGAAACCCCAGGUGUCGCCAUACUCUCUGUUAUGGUUUACAAGCAACCAGACAGAAUAUCAUCACCGUUACGAACCUCUCCGGGUUCAGCGAAGAAAUGGAGAACUUAGCGUUUUCUUUGGAUCGCCUGGGCAUCUGUCUGAUACGGUCAUCAUUACAGAUCGUGUCGUAAUUCUGGCCUACGCCCUCUAUGAAAGGAUUCAAGGAAUUCAUAGCUUUGAUGACCUCACCUGUAAGAUAUUCGUUUUUGCCAAAUCCGUUUUAAACGACGCCCUGCCUCUGUGUUUAUUGGAAAUACAUCUUGAUCGUUUCUUUUGUUUGAUUUCGCCGGACACGUAUCGACAUCCAGUUCAUCGUGCCAUUGGGGCAAUCAUGGUCUUCAUGCCUUGGGUGGUCGGCAUGGCAAUGACCCUUCCGGAAAUUAUAUUACAAGGAGUUAAAAUACCAAAUCCUGACGAACCGUCGCUAUUCGGCUGCAAAGUCGGCGUUAGCGAGGAUAUGUCCCGCCUUACGCAAAUUGUCCGUUACAUUCCCUCAGGCCUUGUUGCUGUUAGUUUCCUGCUCACAUUGAUCGCAGUCUUCAUUCUUCUCUCGCCACACUGCUCACCCGAUCGAGACGAUCGCGGUUCGCUGCUCAACUCGAUGGUCGCUCUCCUCUUGGUAGACGUUUUUUUCUUUCUGAUGCAAAUGAUUACGCGAACAAUAAGCCUUGUAGCUGCCAUAUGUCCAUCAGGGGUAUGUCCCCGAGGACAUUUGUACAACAUUCACGAAACUAUGUUAUCCCGGUGGUUGCAUAGUGCCAACCCGGGAUUGAACCCAAUUCUUUGGCUUUGUGAUCGCGAUAUACGAAGAGGCUAUCAGGCUCUCUGCUGCCUGGAAUGUAUUACCAAGAAGAAGCGACGGACGGGCUAA